AUGCCUCCUCUUACAGAACCGAUUGUCUUCUCGCCGACCAAGCACGCCCACCAUGUUCCGGCCAUAUGCGACAUCCACCGCGAAUGUGUCAAAGUCGACCAUACAGUAGCAUCAAUCAUCGACGUGGACCACCCAACGAAGCUCAAAGACUUGUGGACCGGAUUCAGCCGGGAGGUCGAGAAAGGCACGAGAGCUAUCGUGAUUCAAUUCGCGCAGACUUCCGGGGGUAUUGAGGAACUGGUCGGGGUGGUGACUCUCCUGAUGCCGGCGUCGGAGACUGGGCCGCAUAGAUGCUGGGUGGAGAAGCUGUUGGUCAGUCCACGGUUCAGGAGGCAGGGUUUGGCAAGGCGAUUGAUGGGGAAACUGGAAAUGAUUGCGAGGGAAAAGGGAAGAUGGUUGAUGCUGUUGGACACCGUGAUUGGCAGCGGUGCUGAGCAUUUCUACCCAAAGCUGGGCUACGUCGAGGCUGGAACGAUCCCCAACUAUGGUGUCAGUCCGGUCGGGGGCAUGUUGGUUGAUGAGAUGUUUUUCUACAAGGACCUGAGAGCGGCACCUCGGUGAUCUGGAAUUGUUUGUACAUGUCUUGCGACUCGGCCGUGGUCUGGUGACCGGUUUGCGUGGCUUUUUAGGAUGAGAAGAGUGUUUCGUAGGGU